AGAGCUCCUGUUAAAUCCACUGGUAAAGCUUCCGUUGGUGCAUCCUCGUCUUCUUCAGCCCAACCGGAAUCUGAGACUCCUGGAAUCUCUCCUCUACCACCCGAAACAACGUCGCAACCUCUUUUGCCUGGGUCUUUCUUUAUGGAUGCCGAAGCUGGUUUUUUCAUGGAGAACAUUGGGUUCUCGGCAUCUCCUCCCCUGACGGAAUUCGAAGCCUUCUCAACCAUAAGCCCAUCGCCUUCUUUCUGCGAAGUACCCCGAACGGUACCGUCAAUUACUGGAGGAGGAGGAGGAGGCGCGGAGAAUAUCGGCGUGCCUCAGCCGCUCGAGUGCUUGCAGGGCAAUCCUACACCGCCAUUUCUGUCGAAGACGUUCGACCUCGUGGAAGACCCGGCGCUCGACCCGAUCAUAUCAUGGGGCGUCAGCGGAGAGAGUUUCGUGGUGUGGGACCCGGUGGACUUUGCGAGAGUGGUCCUUCCUCUGAAUUUCAAGCACAACAAUUUCUCGAGUUUUGUUCGCCAGCUUAAUACUUAUGGGUUCCGCAAGAUUGAUACUGACAGGUGGGAGUUUGCCAAUGAAGCUUUCCAGCGUGGGAAGAAACAUCUAUUGAAGAACAUUCAGAGGCGCAAAUCACCUCAGUCCCAACAGAUUGGGGUCUAUAUUCAGCCUUCUACUGAAGCUGGGAGGCCUGUUCCGGAAGGUGAGAUACAGAAGUUGAGAAAGGAGAAGGGUAGGUUGAUGCAGGAGGUUGUUGAAUUGCAGCAGCAGCAGCAAGGGACCAUUCACCAAAUGGAAGCAGUGAACCAGAGGCUCCAGUCUGCAGAGCAAAGACAGAAGCAAAUGGUUUCUUUCUUGGCGAAGUUAGUGCAAAACCCAGCAUUCUUAGCCCGUCUUCAACAGCAGAAGGUAAAGGGAGAAAUAGGUUCUUCAAGAGUGAGGAGGAAGUUUGUGAAGCAGCAUCAAUAUGAAAUGGGUAAAUCGGAUUCUUCCAUGGAAGGGCGGAUUGUGAAGUACCAACCAGACUGGAGACACCUCAUUACGCCUUCUGUAGCCCUAGAUUUAAAUCCAGUUCCUGCUGGAAAGUCUCAGGAUUCUCUCUCACAAGAUAUGGUUGCUAUGAUAGAACAAGCAGGAUUAGGUGUUGAAAGCAUACCAUUUGGAUCAGAUGAAUUGGUCAUGCCAGAAGAUCUACCAUUACUGCAGGGAUUUCACAAAACCCUCAAGCAGGUGGGAGAAGGGUCAUCAAGGUUGGGUAAUCAAGACCUGAAAGGCAAGAAUAGCAUAAGCUCACAAGAAGAGGCUAAUCCAGAAUAUUUUGUAUCUUUCCCAGAAGAAAUAACGAAGGAGAAGAUGAUAUCUGAGUUGUCUCCAGGGAUUGAAAGUAUUGUUAAAAAAGAGGAUAUAUGGAGCAUGGGUUUUGAUGCAUGUAACGAUAUCUGGGAUUUGGGCUUCCUGCAAGAGAUAGAAGGUUCGGGCAUUGAUAAAUGGACUAUUGAUGAAUCCCCUUUGAUGAGCCUGAGAGUCGAGAUCACAAGCCCAAAGAUGAUAUACCUGAAAAUAGGGAUCCAUGAGGCUUCAUUUGCUUCUGCACGUGCUGCCCUUGUGGAUCUGAGUUCAUUUAGUUGAACAGAUAAACAUUGGACAAUUUAUUGACAAAUAUAUUCAAUUAAUUGCAGUGUUAAUUUUUUCUCUCUUGAUUUUCAGCUUCCACAUCAAUAAAUUUAAUUUUUUUAUAUUGCUAUUCAUUUAAUUUUUUUAUUUUUUUCAGAUAGUCUGUCUAUUUAUUUCUAUCAUCAAGUUGAUUAUGCUAUCUUAUGAGUUAUAUUACUAAUGCAGGGUUUUCUUGCUGACAAAUACAUUUCAAGUCAUGAACAGUGCAGGUUUGUGAACGUUCGGAUUGAGUAUCAUGCUUCCCAGGGCUUGGUUUCAUAUUCUAUAAUGCUCAUUCUAGCAUUGUAUGGUUCAGGUAAGAUGUUUUAUUGAUAAAAUGGUUCAUUCUUGUUGGAAGAUUAAAAAAAAACUCCCAUCUGUCCUCUCAUUGCAUACUAAGUUGCUCACUAUUACAAACCUGGAUGAUCAUAGAGCUUGGCUGUUGUCUGGUGUCGGGCUUCGUAAUCCAUCUUCAUGACUUUAGUUCACUGGAGACACUUUUUUGUUCUACAAACUUGGCAUUUAGUUGAAUGCAAGGACGUUUUGUUCUUAAAAUCUAGAUAUAUUCAGCAGCUUCGACUAUAUCAUUUACUUUCUGAAAGGAGUGAAACAAGCUUCGCAGAAAUAAUGGUAGUUAGGAGUCUGUUUUUCUGCUCAGUCCAUUGUGCUUGUGUUGGGUGCUUUGACUGGACAGGAUUUUGAAGCUGUCUAGCCUGGAGAGAGGCCAUUACUGUGAAAUCAAUACCUCAAAAGCCUGCAAUCUAUUGUGGAUGUGAAUUAUUGGACAACACAAAGUUGACCAUAAUUUUUACAUUUCCGUGCUCAUCUUUUUUUCUUUUUUCACUAAACUCGAUUAAAGGUGUCAUGAAUACGCUUCUUGGGCAACUCUGUUUUGCAGGGUGCUUAAGCUCUACUGAUUCUUGGUAUAUCCAUGACUGGAAUGUAUGUGGAAGAUCCAUUACUGUUGGCGGACCUCAAAAUCAAAGUUGAAUGUGAUUGCCUCAUGGGGGCUCUGAUGGAGGAGUGAGGAUACCGUUGGGUGAUUGCGCAGGCAGGGCUGUAUAUUUCUAAUCCGUGUGAAGGGGCACCUGCCAUUUGCUUACUCAUCGCGCUUCUUUUGACAAGUAACUAAAUGCCAGAACAGACCACCAAUGGCGUCGGCAGUGUCUAAAAGGAUUUAGGCAGAGACUGAUCUUUACUCUUCUAUCUGUACGUACAUGUGCAUGCUAAGGCGUAAUAUAAAUCCGUGCAACAGCACGUCGAGUUUUAUGAUA